AUGUCAUUCAGGAAUAAAUUAGAAAAAUGUGCUUCAGAGCCACUCCUGCCACUAGAAGACUUAAAGGCAUUCAAGACAGCAAUUGGGUUUCUCGAUUUGAUGGCUGAGCACGAGAAUGAGAAUUUGUCUUAUCAAAUGCUUGAUAAGGACGGGAAAAUUUUUAAAAGAACACCAUCCUCGGUAGAGCCAGAGAUUAGGAAACUCGAGAGCUAUUUGGCAACUCUCGAUUCCAGUUUUCCAAGAUAUUGGGCAGUCAAGUUGCAACUUACAUACCUUGGACACAAGGAUAGAUGUGAGAUGGUUUGUAAACAACGCGAUUCUUUGGAAGGAAAUGCCAAAAUACUAGGCUUGGAGGCGGUUUAUGAUACCCUCUUGGAUGAGUGGUCCAAGAAUUGGAAAGCCAUUGAAGAGAGACUCGAUGCAAUUGCGAGAAGAAACCCACCAGAAGAUGCGAUGUUCACAGAGAGAUUGAAGGACCUUCAUCAAAUUCGCAGAGUAUCAAAAGAUCAUCUCAAUAUCGAUGGCUCAAGUUUCAAAUAUGGCGAUGUUGAUCUCGAAGAAGUUAAGUGUAUGGCCACGAAAAAAUGGGGAUCGGAAAUUUGUCGGAAAGCCGUUCAUAUUGGUCCAUCACGAGUAAGCACGGCCGAAAUGACUUUGAUGUUUGGCGUCAAAUGGGCUUCUAAUUCUGCGUUGGGAACAUACGAUCCCAAGAAUGGUUUAGUUUUCGAAAAACAAAUUGCAGACGCUUGGGAGGCAUGUCAAAUCUGUAUUGUACCACUUGUCAACACGAACCUUGAGUUCACAACAUGGGAAUUUCGGAUAAUGGACUCGAACCUGUUCAAAUGCAAACAUCUGGAGCUCAAUUGUUUGUUUGAAGACAUUCAUGGACGUCAGUUGAAAGAUAGAUCUAUUCCGCGAAUAGACUGCCUACAGUUCCACUGGUUUCUUUGUCUGGCUAUAUCAAAAAGGAAGAAAUCUGAUCAGCAGAGAAUUGAAGCGGAAUUGAUUUAUGGCACGCGAGCUUGGUCGGUAAUAGAUUCGUCGCGUCAAGUGAAAGGAGCAUUGAUCUCACUCCUAAGUAAAGCUGUUGGUCGUGAACUUCCUCUUGGUCUAACGACUUGGAACAACUAUGACAUUAAGCUUUCAGAUUAUGCAGAAAUUGAAGGAUUGAUGUCAAGAAUCUGCGAUGUGCCGGAUGCGACACCGGAAUUAGAAGAAGGGGGGAGCGGGCAUUAG